AUGCUGGAGGAAAGCAGCAUCGUCGACCUGAGCAAACAGCUGCUCGACCGCGACGUUGUUCGACAAGCGGUUGAAAGUGUCGACGCCAUUCCAGGCAGUCGUCCUUGCUGGGUCAAUGACUCUACGACGUUCCGCUGGCGCGAUGAGCUGCCCUACGCUGUUCCGUCACCGGUGGUGCUGAAUAUGCUAUCAGAUAGUUAUUUCAGCUCGGUCAACUGGUUCAUGAUGGCAAGUUUGGGGGGUGAGCGGACAGUUCUUGACGAAUCAAGUUUCCGCACACGGUCGACUCUAGCCCUAGCUGGGGAGUACAUGGAGACGGCCGAUCGCAACUUUUGCUUCUUAAUGUCCUUAGUCUGGGGUCUGGGGGCACACUAUCUGUGGACCAACGAUGCGACAUCCUCCAGCUUGCCAAUCAGCGCUGCCCUGCGCUCGGAAAUGAUGAGUGUGGUCGACGUUGCAUUCUCAAGGAUAAUGGCCGAUCCAAGCUUGGAAGCAGUUCAGAUUGCCAUCUUGUUGGGAAGUUUCCAUCUGUUCAACGGCUUACCUUAUCUCGGCUUUGCCAUCUUUGGGAGUGGCGUCCGAUGUGCCCAAGCCAUGGGCCUUCAUCGUCAAUCACGCAGCAGCACAUCCGAGGCCUGCCUGGUUUGGUGGGCUUUGGAAAUUUGUGAUAAAUAUGCUGCUGUGGCAUUUGGGUUGCCAUGUGCCAUCGAUGAUUCGGACUGUGAUGUGCCAGAAAUCGACGUCCGUGGCAAUAUCGCCCGCUCAGGGGCGGCACCCGAGUCGACAUCACCCUUGACGUAUCACAAGCUCAAGGCACGCCUGUACCGAAUCAUGGGCCCGUUCCUCGGUCGAAAAAGGCAGACCAAUCAGCUUCGUGGCCUCCUUCAAGUGCGUCGCGAGCUGACAGAUUGGCUUGCGAGCGUGCCGGACCGGCUGAAAUGUUCUGGCGAUGGCCCAGGAUUCAAUGGGCAGCCCCUACAGGUGCAGUGGCAAGCCAUUGCUCUCCAGUUGGCGUACGACAACCUUCAAAUGGUAUUGUUCAGACAAGCCGUCUUUCCCAAGAACCUGCGAGAAGGCCAUGACGUCCGACACCAUCAAGCCGAUGGAAUUGGACAGCUCUCCCAAUCGGCUACCCGCACCGCGAGCAUCUCGACUUUUGCGGCCUCGAGGCUGAUUUGCCGGUCGUCGCACGCCGCAAUGCAUGUUGCCAUCUGCUCCUUUACGGCUGGCGUGAUCCUCUGCCUCAUGCUUGCCUCCCAACCAAGCAACCCGGAGAAGCCAACAUGGCUUGCAUCCCUAAAGAAAAUCGUCAACCUGUUCGAGGACUUUCCAAGCCAGAACUACCGGCUCGCCACUCAAAGCUUGGGGGUGCUGAAGGCGUUGGAACUCCGCGUGGAUCCCCAGAACGGCCAGGAGUCAGCCAAAGACAUCCUGCUCAACAGCCAACCACUGCCAUAUUCGGUGGACCAAAUCGCUGAUCUUUUGGAUGAUCGAACAGCACUGAGAGAUGACGUUGCUGCAAGCAAUCUGCUGGAGCUCAACUUUGGAGACUUGGACUUUACGUCAAGUGCCGGCGGUCCGCUUGAUGAUGUCGGACAGUUGUGGUUAUGGACGGGCGAUCUUUCGAACGACGAGUGGAUGUCGAAUUUCACGUAG